GCAUUUAGGAAAGUUCAAGGUGAGGAGUGCCGAACGUCGAUGAGCUUCUUCAUGAGCGCAAGCGCGUCUCGUUGCCGGUGAGCGGGCGGACAAUCGAUACAUUCGAAAUUUCGCUCAGUUUUCAUGGUUCGUUCGUUGUAUUCUGCCCACUCUGUUGUCUUCUGUUACUUCGAAGCCUUGUUUUACUAUCUCGGCGUGACGUUCAUCACGAGUUUCAUCAAUCUUCAGGGAUUCAAACGACCGCCAUCUUUGCGCCAACGAUCGCCAUUGAAAGCAGAUUUACGCGGGAAAGAUGAAAACGAUCUGGGUGAUCGGUGGACCGGGAUGCGGUAAGGGAACGCAGUGCGAUCGUAUGAUCGAGCAAUAUGGAUUUCUCCAUUUAAGCAGCGGCGAUUUGCUGCGAGCGGAAGUCGCCAGCGGCAGUGAAAGGGGUGCGUCGCUUCAAGAUCUGAUGUCCAAAGGACUAUUCGUACCAACGGACAUCGUGUUGGAGCUUAUAAAGGAAAACAUGGACAAAGCUCGCGAAGCAGGCACUACAAAAACCGGAUUUCUCAUCGACGGAUAUCCUCGUGAGAAGGAGCAAGGCAUUCUCUUUGAGCAAAAUGUCUGUCCCGUCGACUUGAUUCUUUUCUUCGACGUAUCAAACGAGACUCUGAAGAAGAGGCUUCUCGGACGUGCCGCUGUGUCCCAAAGGGCGGACGAUAACGAAGAGACAAUAAAUAAGCGAAUUGAGAUAUUCAAUUCGAAGAAUAACGAGAUCGUGGAACAUUACAAAGAUAAAGUUGUCAGGAUUAAUGCAGAGGGAGCAGUGGAGGAGAUAUUCGCCGAGGUGACAAAAGCACUGGAUGCUUUGUUAGCGUAGAUAAAUCACGUAGAUGAAUUCUGAAGAGUUGCACGAAACCAGCUGCUAAAAUCUUCAUCUAAAUUCAAGGUUAGUUAGGUUCUGAAUAAUGCUGGAUUCUUCUCGUGCAAGUACAAUAUAGGCAAAUUAGGUAUUACCGAUUGUUAAUUGUUGAAUAAAACUGCAAUAAUAUGAUCAUCUUCGACCUAAUUUACGAUACUUGUAUUAUCCGUUUUAACUCGGUCUCUUUUUCUUAGAUCGUGCAAUUUUUGGGCAAUAAAUAAGAAAGUUUUAGAAUC